AGAGAAAAUACAAAGAAAUAGGAACAAGAUUCACACUCACCGUCCAAAGCACGCAGAUUCUAAGCGUGUGCUGGGUUGUGGAAAACCCAGUUUUUAAGCCGUAGGAAUACAAACCUCUAUCUCUUUUUUGGUGGGAGUCCAUUAGGGUUUUUUCAGGGUUUCUCUUUAUGCACCACCAUCACUUCUUCUUCUUCUUCUUUUUUCUAGGGUUUCUACGAUUUUUCAUCCUAGCUCCCUACCUAUUUAGUCUCAGAAGAGGGGAAAGUGCCGUGCUUAUAGGGUACACAAAUGGAAGCUAGAGUUGUUGUUGAAGGAGGGCAGAGAGCUUUGAAUUCUGGCCACGGCGGUGUGGUCGAUGGUGGCGCUACCCGGAAGUUUCUGCAGCAGCAGUCGCCAAUCGGGACGGUGCACCAGCUUCUGGCCGGCGGCGUCGCCGGCGCUUUUAGCAAGACCUGCACAGCUCCUCUUGCUCGCCUCACCAUUCUCUUUCAGGUUCAAGGUAUGCAGUCUGAUGUUGCCACGUUGAGUAAAGCAAGCAUAUGGCACGAAGCCUCACGUAUUGUUCAUGAAGAAGGGUUUAGGGCAUUUUGGAAAGGAAACCUGGUUACAAUUGUUCACCGGCUUCCUUAUUCUUCAGUUAAUUUCUAUGCUUAUGAACGCUACAAGAGUUUUUUACAAUCCAUUUCUGGCAUAGAAAGUCAUAAGGGAAAUGUGAGUGCAGACAUGUCUGUGCACUUUGUAAGUGGUGGGUUGGCAGGCAUAACAGCUGCCUCUGCUACAUAUCCACUGGACCUUGUCAGGACACGCCUUGCCGCACAGAGAAACACAAUAUACUAUAGAGGUAUUGGGCACGCUCUGCAUACGAUUUGCAGGGAGGAAGGUUUUUUGGGCUUGUAUAAAGGAAUUGGGGCAACAUUGUUGGGGGUUGGACCGAGUAUAGCAAUAAGCUUCUCUGUUUAUGAGGCACUGAGAUCUUCUUGGCAUGCUCAAAGGCCCAGUGAUUCCACUAUAAUGGUCAGUCUUGCUUGUGGCAGCCUUUCAGGCAUUGCAUCAUCUACAGUAACAUUCCCUAUUGAUCUGGUGAGACGAAGAAUGCAGUUGGAAGGGGUUGCUGGACGAGCCCGUGUCUAUAAGACUGGUCUGUUUGGGACAUUUGGGCACAUUAUCCGGUCUGAAGGCCUGCGAGGUUUGUAUCGUGGGAUUCUGCCAGAAUACUACAAGGUUGUUCCUGGUGUGGGCAUUGCCUUCAUGACUUACGAAACAUUGAAGAGGGUUUUGUCACAAGAUUUUGCCGAAUAGUAGUUGUGGCAACAAAAUACUUCAGUUUCCACCAUCAGUUGUGUCCAUUAGGUUCGAACACACUCCUUUCAUCCAACAUGAAAAAAGGAAAAAAUGGAAAAUGAUGAUUAGUUGCUUAGAGUUCUGGCUAGAAGAGUUCUUUCUGUGAUAUUGCUGAGAAUUGUGUGGUGGUAAAUUUUGCGGUUACUGCCAUUGAGCCAUAUUUUUUUUGUGUAUAGUGGUUAUGGAGUCACCAAGUGUAUCCCAGUCCAGUAUAUUUAGGUCUUAAUUUUUCAGAGGUAUUAGGAUUUUUUAUGAUAAUAUCAUCACAAGAGUUUUUUGCUUUGACAGUUUGUCAUUACCUGCGAUUUAUUCUAGUUACGCAUUCUCACUU